AUUUUACCCAAGAACCUGUGGUUCAACUGGGUCCAAAGUUCAAGGAAUUUCAAAGGGCACAUAUCUUUGGAGGGGAAGGCAGAGCACAUGAAGACGUUGUCUUGAAAGCUUUGACUAACUGGAGCUAUGCAGUGCUAACAGCAGUGUUCUGAGAUCAUAACCAGGUGUUGAAAAGAUUGUGGAAAUCAUGGCUGAGAGAAAAAGCAGCACUAGUCCCAACCUCCAUUCCAAGGGAGGUGCUGGCAAGUUCACUAAACAAGUCCAAAGGAAAUUCAGCCGUGCACAGGAGAAGGUUUUACAGAAGUUUAGUAAAUCUGAGGAGACAAGAGAUGCGCAGUUUGAAAUAUAUGUACAAAACUUCCAAGAUCAGCAGAGUGAUGGACACAGAAUAUAUAAGGACCUAAAGGCAUACUUGAAUGCUGUCAGAGUGAUGCGAGAUGCAUCCAGUCGUCUUUUUCAGUCUCUGUUUGAUGUUUAUGAGCUUGACUGGGAAGGGGGAGAGGACCUUGGGGCUGUUGUAGAGGGGGAAGACUUGCUAUGGAAUGAUUAUGAGGCAAAACUGCGAGAUCAGGCAUUGCUCACAAUAGAAUCUUAUAUGAGCCAGUUCCCAGAUAUGAGGGAAAGAGUUGCCAAAAGAGGCAGAAAACUUGUGGACUAUGAUUCUACUCGUCACCACCUGGAGUCACUGCAGAACGCUAAAAAGAGAGAUGACAUCAAGAUAAACAAGGCUGAGGAAGAGAUGAAAAUGACCAAAACAAUCUUUGAGGACAUGAACGGGGAACUAAAAGAGGAACUGCCUCUUCUCUAUGACAGUCGCAUUGGAUGCUAUGUAUCUGUCUUCCAAGCUGUCUCAGACUUGAGAGAUAUAUUCUAUAAGGAAAUGUCUCAGAAUAACAAGAAUUUACAGAAUAUUAUGGUGAACUUAAAAUCUCAACAUCCUGACAAGAACUUCGUGGUCAAGACGUUCAGUCGCAGAGGAACAUUGAAGAGGAGGUCGCUUAAAGAUGCACUGUCUCCCAGAUCACUGAGAGCCAGCUUCUCUGAGCUUCAAAUGAGUUACAGCUCUCGAGGUACUCUGAGGAGAGGACAUUCUUCUAGUUUUAGAUCAGACAAGGGCCCAUAUGACCCUUAUAUCCCAGAGGUCCUGACCAGCCCUGCUAGACCAAAACCCCCAAAGAACAACGAUUGUGUGGUUAGGGACCCAGAUGCAGUUUCCCCAAAUGAGCACAACCUGGAAGUAGAGAGAACACCUUCCACUGUACACAUACCUCUAGUAGAUGGCACAAAAGCUUCUGAAACUGUGCACAGCACAGAGGCAAAACAAGAGGAUGAAGGCACUGAAAUAAAAGAAAUGGAAUCGCUGCCAGCCUCAGAGCAGGAUGGAGAAAGGAUGGGCUUAGAUAUCAAAGGUGACUCAUCUCCAGAGACUGGUGAUGAGAACAAGCAGGAUUCGAAUAGAAAUCAUUCUGAAAGGGAUAAGGUCUUAUCAUUCGAUGAAGAUCCUGAGGAGCACAGCAUCCAUCCUGAGGAGCUAAAUGAACCUGACUCUGAAAUAAAAGAUAAAUGCCUUUAAAUGCCAUUGUAGGUCCUAAUAUAUAGAAAUAGUUCUUCCUUCAGCUUUGUAAUGUUUGUGUCUCUUCUCUGAUUUUAAAGAAAAUGCCAUAAAUGAUCAAAUAUUAGAUGAAAUUAAGAAGAAACCAUUUUGAAACUGUCAGAAUAUGAAGACAGAAGUAUGUUUAUUUUAGUUAGGAAUCGGUGUUGAUUAAUGCUUAAUAGUCAUGGUAUGAGGAGCUCAUAGGGACGAACUGAAUUUACACCAAAUACACACUUCACCUUUCCAGAUACACUAACUCCAAAGUUUUCAAUAAUAAUAAUAAUAAUAAUAAUAAUAAUAAUAAUAAUAAGUUGUUUUUGAUGAUGUUAUUAUUUUAAUUAUAAACAAGAAAUUAGACACUAUGCAAAUCAAUUUAUUGGUCAGGUUUGAACUUUAUGUCAUUUCUCAGGAUAAAUCAAUUUGAGACUGAUUAGAGCAUUGAUAUAUAAAGUUCCACCUCUGCUGUGUUGUCUUGUGAUUUCAUGUAAAGCUAAUUUGAGUGUUUGAUUAUGGGCUUAAUGCACUUACUGACAAAUGUGAUUUCUUGUGAACUGAUAAAAGAUUGAUUUCACUAUUUAAUAAAUAUGAAGAUGUCCAAUACAUGUUAUCACAAUUCUGUCUCUUUAUUAAUAGAAUAUUUAAUUACCUAUUUAACAUACUUAAUUACCUAUUAUUAACAGGUAGUUAUUUCUUAGGUUCUGUCUUAUCUAGCAGGCAGUUCACAGCGUGCUAUGCUCCUGUUUCAGAGCUGUGGCUGAAGCUUCAUUGUUCCGGAUACAGAGCGAAAGGCUACCUCGACUAGCAUGUGUGCCGCGUGUACUAGUCUAUUUUAAUUGUAUCUUUACAUGAUCAUAUUUAGUCAAAUAUUUGUUUUUAAAAUGUCAUGGAACUCUGAAAUGAAGUAAAUAACCGAUCACUUCGAACAAAUGCAUCUUAUCGACCACACACUCUGUCAGGUUUAGGUGUUAACGCUUUUCAUCAUGGCUACCACCUCACCUUACAACUUCACAGAAAUGGUGCCAACAACUGUGGCCCCAAACCAUACGGACUCUGCUGUGAUAGGAGUGGUGAUUCUGCUGGUCUUGUGUACACUGGCUGGCUUGGUGUUCCUGUUGUAUCACUACCUGUGUCACAACAAGGGCAUCUACAGGACAACAGGAGAGGCUGCUCCAGGUGUGGACCCAGACCAAGUCUACCAUGACACAGUCACUGAAAACAAGGAAUACUUUAUUUAAGUAGCGCAGACUGCCAUGGAUGAGCUGACAGAGAAGGUCAUGUUGAAUAGCUAUUGACAUUUAGAUCAUUCUGAGAAUAUUGAUAGUGCCUUACUUGUGAGAGCAGGGCUACUGUGGAAACUGUGGGCUAAGAAUUCACAUUGAGUUAAUGAUAAAAUUUGUGCUUUGUUUUUUUCGGGAUUUAUUAAAAUGAUGGUGCAUAUUGAUUUAUCAGAAGCAGAGUGAGCUGGCCAAAUAGUGUAUCAAACCUUGUGCAACCAAUUUACUUUUACUUUUGUUGGUACACCUGAGACCACUAGUAAAAAUAAUUCCUAUUCCUAUUAAUUUCUAAUUUAAUAUGACAAUUUUCCUUACACAUUAUAUGACAACAAUCUGAGUAAAAAGUAGAAUCUUUGAUCUAUUUACAGAGUUAGAAUUACUUUGUAUUUGUUUUGUUUUCACUUUGCUUAAAUGACAAUUGUGCAAUGUCAGUUAAGUGUAUGCAAGUUUUUGCAAAGCCUUAUGAUCCAUUUGAGAUCGAAUGCAUUGGAGUGUGAUCUGAACACAUGCUUCAAUAGAAGAGAUGAGGCAUGAAAAUCUGGCAUCUCCUUCUAUCUUGUGUGUGUAUGUAAUGUAAUAUGUAAAACAGUGGCAUUAAUAACCACGUAUCCCAACAAACAACUGGUCAUUCAAGGAAUGGCAACUGAUGAGGUUUACCUAGGGUUAGGUUUAGGUGUGGCUGUGCUCUGUUAUAUUAUUGCCUAAUCAAAUCUGGCAAUUAUCACUACCACCAAAACACUAAAUGCUCACUGAUUAAAAGAAAGCCUUUUAUUCUGUGGGCUUAGGCUAUCCGCUUAUUUUAUUAAAAAUAUUUUAAUCACUCACAUCUACGGCUUAUAUGACAACACCUUGCAUCAAGUCUAUUUUUUAUUUUCCUUUAUUUAUAAAUCACAAGCAUUGGUGCUUAAUCAAUCACAUCUCCAGCUUAUAUGACAACCCUGUGCAUCAAGACUAUUUUUAUUUUCUCUUAUUUAUUAAUCACAAGCAUUGGUGCGUAAUGUCAGUUUUUAGUUUUAACUAAUUCUUUUUUGCAUAACAGGUAUGUUGUGUUCACCUUAAGGAUAUUAAUUAGGCUGUAAUAUCAUCAAAAUGAAAGUUAAGUUCAUGGUUUGUAAUAAGUGUAACAAUCAUUCACUGUACUGUUUACUACUUACACACUGUCUAUGUAAUAGCAACACCUGUAUAUUUAUCCAGGCAUGCCUAUGACAGAAGCACAAUUCAUAAAACCAUGCAGCUAAAGAUUAAGAACUUCUGUUAGUGUUCCCAUCCAACAACAGAGGGGGAAAAAUGUGAACUAUGACAGUGGCAUGGUUGAUGGGCUCAUCAGAUGGGCUGGUUUGGGUUUUUCAUAAACUGUUGAACUCCUGGUAACAAUAGUGUGAAAACAGUUUACAGAGAAUGGUUUGGGAAAACACCCAUAUAGCCCAACUACCUCACAGUUUAAUAUGCUGUGUAUUCUAAGAUGCUUUUCUGCUCACCAGUUGUAUGGAGUGCCUAUUUGAGUUACUAUAGACUUCUGUCUGCUCAGACCUGGUCAUUCUAAUCUGACCUCUUGCAUCAGCAAGAUGUUUUAGCUUGCAGACACGCUAUUCAGGUUUUUUUUGUUGUUCACACCAUUUUUGUAAGCACUAGAGACAUCCCAGGAGAUUGGCAGUUUCUGAAAUACUCAAACCAACCCAUCUGGUAGCUACAACUACGCCAUGAACAUUAACUGAAGCUCUUGACCUGUGUCUGUAUGAUUACAUGUACUGUGUUGCUGCCACCUGAUUAAGUGAUUGUAUAACAGCAUAAAUGGGCAGGUGUACAGGUGUCCCUAUUAAAGUGGACAGUGAGUAUAUACUGAUUAUGUAUUUGCUAUUGCUACAUAAACAGAGAAAGUAUUGAUGUCUGCUGUCCUUAGGAACGUGCAGCAUGCCACCUUUUAGAUGAAUAUCAAAUCAUUGAGUCAAAAAUAACAUUAUGGAAUUUCUUUUUAAAUUUCCAAAAUAGCCUUUAUUGUUAAUUAGGUUUAGUAAUUUAAAAACGCUUACUGGUGAUUGCAGAGCUUUACUUUUUUUAAACAUUAAAUAAAACCCACCUAUUAGAAAAAAAAAAUCCCUGAACUCCAGUUGUUUAUUAACCUUUGUUAUAUUUAUAUAUAUAUACCAUAAAUGCACACUGCAAGUUGGUAAAAUGGUAUAGUGAUGAUCUUGGUAUGUUGCAUAAAUUCCUCAAUUCAUAAAUUUCCAAUACAAAUUAUGAUGACGUGCAAACCUUUGCCCUCUUUUCGUUGGAUACUUCUGUAAGUAAAAUAUGUCAACCUGUUCUGAAGCUACUGUCGGAUACCCAGUGGUGCUGCUGUUACAUGUAUGUUUCAGACAAAUAAUUGAAAUGAAUAAAUCAAAUAAAACCAAACAAUAGGGGGUUUGUAUAAUAAGCUAAAUGAACACAAGUUACAUUUCAAUACAUACUUUCACAUUACAACCAGAUAAACAGCUAGUGAAAUUUUGACUUUCCUGUUAUGAAUACACAUUAGUUCAAUGUUCUGGGUGGGGUUGAUGGUCAGAUCAUUCUGAUAUCAAUGAUGGAGAUUCAAUAGAAAUAAAAUUAUGCCAUUAAAGAACAAAAGAUAAAAAGUCCCUUUCUUCAGUUUAGAUUGAAAUUGAAUCUCUCACAAUCUUAAAAGUUUGAAUCAAUUGUUGAACUCAACUCAAUAGAGAAAACAGAACAGAUGGAAAGCCAUAUGAGAAGUCUUUUAUCUAGAUGGCAUGUAUAAUAAAUUUGGGGAAAAAAAACAUUCACACAACAAAAUUUAAUGACUGACACUGUAUUUGCAUGUAUAAAGCAUGAGUACAAAAACAUGUUCCAAAAAGUCUAACAUUUAAGAGUUGGCUGACAGUGCACAUAAAUUAAUGUGUAUUAUUUCUAAAAAAAAAAUUACCACUGAUAAGUUUUUAUUAAAACAAAAUAGCUUUUAAUAAAAGUGCAAAAAGCAUGCAGAACCAUCAUGAUGCAGUUAGAUAUGUUUCUGAUAUGUUUCUAUGCAUCAUUUAUUAAUUUGUCAUAUGUGCAGAAUUAUUCAAAAAAAAUUUUCAAGUCACAUUAAAAGCUUUUAGUGCAUUCUAAUCUAGAUCUUUGGUACAACCAGCUCCUUGGUUAUACAUUUCAAUGUUCACUAGAAAAAAAAGCCUGCUUGAUGUGCUUAAUUACAUUCCUUGACAAAAAAAAAAGUCUUGAUUAACCCCUAAACUUCUAUUUAGUUCAACUUUGAGAAUGAGGCUAAAGAAAUUAAUUUGUGAAGCCCAAACCCUUUGUGAAGAA